GGAUGAUCGCCGCAGAUUUGGCCAAGAUGGUUGGGACGUCUGAUGAUGUCGACGACGAGGGCACUGGCAAGCUUACCGCUGAGCAGCAGGCCAGACUCGACGCCACCAAGAUCACCAUCAACAUGGAGAACGAGCGGUACUUGCAGGACCACCCAGAGAUCAAGGACCGACAUGAUCAGCGUGUUCGUCCACCAGGUCUUGGAAUACAAGCCCGACAACAUCCUGCGCUUCGCGGGGGACUUCUUCACACGGGAGGAGACCUGUACGCCACAGUCAAGAAGAAGACCGAAGAGGUGCGCAAGGACUGA